AUGUGUCACAUAAUAUUUUAUACGGCUUUUACUAUAUUUUCUGUUUUAAAAACUGCGACGGGUCUUGGCGAAAUUAUCUAUGCGAUUAACGCUGGUGGCCCUGCACAUACGGAUAUUUAUGGAGUACAUUAUGAUAAAGAUCCAUUACAAGGAAGAAUUGGAACCGCAUCGGAUUAUGGUAAACAACUUGUUAUGAUAGGUAGAGUGAAUCCUAAGGAUGAAAUAUUAUACCAGACUGAAAGAUACCACCAUAGUACCUUUGGUUACGACAUACCAGCAAGCAAAGACGGGGAUUAUGUGCUAGUUCUAAAGUUUAGUGAAGUUUACUUCAAUGCACCUAACAUGAAAGUGUUCGACGUGGUUUUAAAUGGUGACCACACGAUCGUUGCUGAUUUGGAUAUUUUCGAUAAAGUAGGCCGGGGUGUCGCUCAUGAUGAGUAUGUCCCAUACUCAAUUAAAAAUGGUAAACUGUUUUAUAAUGAAGAAGAAUCUGAUAUAAGAGGAGGUAAAAUUAAAGUUGAAUUCAUUAAGGGUUACAGGGAUAACCCUAAAAUCAAUGCUUUGUAUGUUAUGCGUGGAACUAUAGACGAAGUCCCUAAGCUGCCUCCGCUAGUUUGGCCUGAGAAUGAAGCUGAAGAACCUAGAGAUGAGGUAGAGGAAAAAAGUUCUAAAUCUCGUCGUGCUAGUGGUCCUAAGCAACCAGACCCAUACUCUAUGGACGAAAGUUCUGUACUUAUACCAGUUUUUAUUACUAUAGGUGCUUUCAUUCCACUAUUGUUUUGCCUUUGCAAACUAUAA